GCAGGCCCGGCCUUUCCGAGCAGCCCCGGCCAAGAUGGCGGAGGUGGAGCAGAAGAAGAAGCGAACCUUCCGUAAAUUCACCUACCGCGGGGUGGAUCUGGACCAGCUGCUCGACAUGUCCUACGAGCAGCUGAUGCAGUUGUACAGCGCGCGGCAGCGGCGCCGCCUGAACCGGGGCCUGCGCCGCAAGCAGCACUCGCUGCUCAAGCGCCUGCGCAAGGCCAAGAAGGAGGCGCCGCCCAUGGAGAAGCCCGAGGUGGUGAAGACCCACCUGAGGGACAUGAUCAUCCUGCCAGAGAUGGUGGGCAGCAUGGUGGGCGUCUACAAUGGCAAGACCUUCAACCAGGUGGAGAUCAAGCCCGAGAUGAUCGGCCACUACCUGGGCGAGUUUUCCAUCACGUACAAACCCGUGAAGCACGGCCGGCCCGGCAUCGGCGCCACCCACUCCUCCCGCUUCAUCCCGCUCAAGUAACUCCGGGAGGCAAGGGAGGAGCCUCGUCCAGUGUAAAUAAAGAAAUUCCACCUGGA